UGUUUGUCAAGACGAAUCUCCAAUGGUUAUGUUUUAUGUCCGCUUUUAUUAUAGUUAUUUUUAUUAUGGGUAUUCUGUUUGGUAUAUUUGCACAUCAAGCUCGAUUUCUUCAUGCUACAAUCGAACCGAAAUUUAUCGAUAACAGACGCCACGCUUUUGAGGGCCGCCAAAAGUUUUGAGUUUUAAGAUUUAGGUUUUUAAGUUUAAAGUUUACAGUUUAAAGUUAAGUAUUUGAAGCACUAUGUGUGACCACGUGGAGGAGUACAUAUUUAGGAGCCAGUCGUUCUUGGCCAGGAAGUACAGGAUCUACGCCAAGGUCGGCAGCGGUUCAUUUGGCGACAUUUACAGGGCGCAGUGCAGGGAAACUGGUGAACCCGUGGCCAUCAAGCUGGAAAUCGCAAAUGGCUUUCAGCCGCAACUUCUCAACGAGUACAGGUUGUACAAAACCGUGCUACAUGGCGUAGGCAUUCCGCAGGUCUAUAGCUGCUUCAGCGAGACGAACGUAAACGUGCUGGUGAUGCAGCUCCUGGGCCCGUCGCUGAACGAUUUGUUCGAUUACUGUGGCGGCCGCUUCUCGGUAAAGACUGUGGCCACGCUGGCGGACCAAAUGAUCGAGCGCCUACAGCAUGUGCACUCGCACAACAUCGUGCACCGUGACAUCAAGCCGAACAACUUCCUAAUGGGCAGGGGCGCCUUCAGAAAUCAGCUGUUCCUUAUCGACUUCGGGCUGGCCAAGGAGUACUGGGACGAGAAGACGGACAGCCACAUCCCGCCGAAGUCCGGCACUCAUUUGGUGGGCACUGCCCGCUACGCCUCUAUCAAUGCGAUGUGCGGCAGCCAGCAGUCACGCCGCGAUGACAUGGAAUCCCUGGGCUAUCUGAUGCUCUACCUGCUCAGGGGCAACCUACCCUGGCAGGGCAUCAAUUUCGGGUGCGUAAGGCAGCGCAACGAGAAGAUUGCCGAGACUAAGCAGUCCACUCGCUUGGAGGACCUAUGUCGGGGCUAUCCCGACGAAUUUGCAGCCUACAUGAGCUACUGCCGCACCCUGGGCUUCGAGGAGGAGCCGCUGUAUUCGCUAAUGCGGCAAUCAUUUCUCGAUUUGAUGAAACGCUUCAAGUACACCUACGACAACAUCUUCGACUGGACUUCGCCUCUAGAGCAGGACAAGUUGAGGUCCAAGCCGGAACUCGAGGAGGAAAACGCCGCUGCUCCUGUCCAAUAAAUGAGUCUUCACUUUUCCAGAGAAAUGUCAGAAAUGUCAAUUUAAAAUACACAAGCUGCCAGCAACCAAAAUGAGUCCAAUUAACAAAACUGGGAUUUGGAUUUGUGCAACGCUUGCAUUCUCUGGCCAGAUUUCAGUUGCAGUUGCUGCAGUUGAGGCAGUCGGAACAGCUGCCAGAAAUGUCCGUCAGAACGGAUGGCAGCAAAAGUCAAUGGAAAUUGCCAGGGGUGCUGAAUGAAUUCAGGGAGCAGCAGCAGUAGCAAACGGGCCUGGGAAACUUUCGAGCAAAUGAAAACGUAGCAAAUGACAGCAUCCAAUUUACGUUUGCAAUUAAACUGACACCGAACAGACACUUGAUUUAGUCGGACGGAGGGCAGCCUCCAGACCAGCUCACGACCACCCACAUUCCGUCCGAUUCUGUGAAAUGUCGAUUUAUGGACAUGGCCAUUCAAAGUUGUUUCCCAGCAGAUUUAUGAAUAUGGAAAUGUACCAAAAUUUGUCCAUUAUUUGCCUGUCCAAGGGGCAGAAGACUUGACCAGUUGGAACCGUUUCUUUAGAAGAGUGUGGGUCCCUCAGAUACUAUUAUCACAACCUUGCGGCAUCUGAAUAGGUUCGUGUAGUCGGCCAUCUCUUGAUUGGUGCUUUUGUUUGCGAGGAGAAAAUGUACCAAAUUAGUCGGAUGAGGAAUUUUGGUUUGGAUUCUAUUUUUGUUUUCUUUUUGAAAAUUAAUUUUGAAUUUCUUUGUCUAUAUAGAAAAUUUUGAACAGAAUGAGAAUGUUAUA